AUGUUAGAUCCAUCAGACAACAGUAAUGGUGGUAAUAAUAAUAAUAAUAAUACUAAUAAUAAUAAUAGUAUUAAUAAUUACAAUGAUAACGCAGAUAAUAAUUUUUCAAACCAAACUUUGACUGAUUUAACCGAUUAUUACGCAAAUACACCCGGUGCAAAUUUAAACAAUAGUCAAUUAAUGUUAAAUGCUAUUAAUUACUCAAUGGAUGAAAAUGAGUUAAAUCAUAAUAAUAACUUAUAUAAUGAACCUUUGAGUGGUACUCAAGAUGACUUUAAUCCUCCUCUACAAUCAUUCAAUUACAAUCAAUCGGUAAAUGUUAAUUUAGGUUCUACGUCACUCCCUGCUAAUAACAACAAUUAUUAUCUGCUGCUGAAUUAUUAUACAAAUAAUAAUGCUGGUCAUAAUAUUAGUCAACCUUAUUAUAAUUCAUAUAACGCUCCAAAUAAUCAACAAUUUGUAAUACCGAAUAAUUCAUCAACUUCAUCCUCCUUAUAUUCAUUUGCACCAAAUCAACACCAACCGUCAAAUCAAAUUUUUGAAUUUGACAAUACACCAACCCAAUCUUCAUUUAAUGAUCCAAAUUUAUAUUCUACUUCAAAUUCAUUCAAUUCAUUUUUUAAUUCGACUCCGACAUCAUUAACUUUCCAAGAAAAUAACACCAACACCAACACCAACCCCAACACCAACCCCAACACCAACCCCAACACCAACAUUAACACUUAUACAUCACCACAAUUUCAAGAAUCAAUUCCAAUUCAAGAAUCAAUUCCACAUCAAGAAUCAAUUCCACAACAACAAAAUACUCAACCUAUUCAAUAUGAUCAACCUCCUAUACUUCAUCAAAAUUCAAUUUUACCAAAUCAAACACAAUCGUCACCUGAUUUAACUAGCCAACCAUUACCUACUUUUUCAACAAUAAAGAAAGAAGAAGUAACUAAAUCAAAUUCAAAGAAACAACCAAAAAAAGAAGUGGAACAUGAAUCUGAUUCUGAUUCAGAUGUUGAUGAUCUUUCAAAAUUUACUUUACAACAUUUGAAAAAACGUUAUUGUGUUGUAAGAGGUGUGUCAGCAGGCGGUUGUACUACAAGACCUCCAAAAGAAUCUAUAGAUUCUGACUCAGUCUAUUUACCUGUUGAAUUAAAUGUUCAUGGUGCUAGUGUUAAAGAUAUCUGUUUACCUAAAUGGAAUCAACUGGAAAAAAUUGAUAGACGAAGAAUUGUUCGUAUUGAACGUAUUCAACAAGGUCCAAAAUUGGUUUCUGUUUUUUCAAUAGUAGGAAGUGCAAAUGAAAAUCCAAUUACUUUACCACCAACAUCACCUAAUAUAGAUGUAAUAGAAGUUUCAUGUUUGGAAUGUGAUGUUAGAACAGAUGAAGGAGAUGAUAUGGAUUCACAAUCAUCAGAAGAUGAAUCUGGUCUAAAUAGUAAAUCACCAAAAAGUAAACAUUUUAUUAAAAAUGAUGUAGAUGGUCAAUCUUACCAAUAUUAUAUUACAUCAGUUGAAGUUGUUGAAAUUGUGGAAUUAUUAAUUGGAAAUCAAACUAAAGAUGCAAUCCAAAAACGAAGAGAACGAGGUAGAGUUAGAUCUAAUUUAGUACCAUUUUGGAGUAAAAAACCAAUAAGCUCAAGAAUGAGUGAUACAUCAACAACUAAUAGUACAAAUUCAUCAUCAAAUUCAUUAUUAUCAUCAUCUUCAUCGGUAAAUACCACCAUUAAUGGUUCUUCAAAUCAUGAUUUUAGAAUGGAAUUAGCUAAAAGAAUUAUGGGUUACGAAAUUAGAAAGCCGAGAGGAUUUGAUAAAGAAGUUAGAAUAUUGAGGUGGGAUAAAUUAGUACCUGCUUUGAAAAGAGCUUUACAAAGUUAUUAUACUGAAAUACCACAAGCUGAUGCACAUUUACAAUUUUAA